AUGCGCACGCAGGCGGCUGCUGCCGCGGCGCACGCGGCGAUAGGCAGGCGCCGGCGCGUGCGGGGCCUCGGAGGGGGAGGUGCCCGCGGGAGUGCCCUCGGGAAGAGUCCCCUGGCCUGCAGCGUCCGCAUCUCCCACCCCCGGAUGAUCUCUCUGCAGAGCGUGGGCCUCCAGAGGGAGGGCUACGUCCGCGUGCAGGGCGGCAGCCACAGGCUGUGGUACCGCGUCGUCCGGCCGCUGGGCUGCGGGCGCUCGGACGCGCCGCCCGCCGAGAGCGGGGCGUACUCCAUCGAGCAGUCGGUGGCGGACCUCCGGGAGGUGCUGCUGGAGCUCGGCCUCCGCCGCUACCACCUCUACGGCCAGUCCUGGGGCGGCGUGCUGGCGUACGAGCACCUCCGCUCGGCCCCCGCGGGCGGCUGCGUGUCGCUCGUCCUCUCCUCGGUGCCGUCCUCGGUGCGGCGCGUCGAGGCGCACGCGGAGCGCCUGCUCGCGGCCCUCCGCACGCCCGGCGGCUCGCGGCCCUCUGCGGCCGAGCUGCCGGACCUCUUCCGCCGCAGGCACCAGUGCCGGACCCCGGAGCAGCCCGGGCCGCUGCGGGACGCGUACUCGCUCGCCGGGACGACGUGGCGCGGCUCCGCGGCGAUCUCGGAGUGGGAGCUGCAGGGGGCCCUGCCGGCCGGGCUGCCCGCGCUGUGCCUGCGCGGCGAGCACGACUUCGUCGGCCCCGGGUGCGCCGAGAGGUGGCGCCCAGUGUUGCCGGGGCUGCGGCGGCUGGAGGCCCUGCCCGGCUGCGCGCACCACGGCCUGCUCGAGGCGCCGGAGCUCUACCUGCGAACGGUCGGCGAGUUCCUGGCGCAGAUCGACCUCGAGCGGGCCCGGCUCGAGGCCGCCCGGCUGCGGGAGCUCGCCGCCGAGGGCGCCGCAGGGGGGGAGGCCAGCGGCCCCGACGGGGAGGCCGAGGUGGACGAGGGUCACGGCGCGGAGCGCGAGAGCGGCGACGAAGAGGAGGGCGCAGCGCGAGGCGCCCCGCCGCCCCCUGGGCACGCCGCCGACCCGCCGGCGGCGCCUAGCGAGGAGGCCGCCGCCGCGGGGUGCGGCGGGGCCGCCGCCGCUGAGGCGCCGGCCGGCGAGGCCGCGGCUCUGCGGGAGCAGAUCGGCCACCUCGAGAGGCGCCGUGCCGUGCCGAGGAAUCCGAUGCCCCUUCCCGAGGCCGAUCGUAUCCGUGGGCGUCACCAGGGCCUCGCAGUCCGCCCCAGAGGGGCCGCCGCCCUGGGAGCCGCGGGUCCGCGGCCUGGCUGGCCCGGGGGCCGCCCGCGUCGCGGUGUGUGUGCACGGGGCCCUGGACAGAUGGCUCCGGAAGUUCACCGAGAAGUUGCUCAAGCACCCCGGGUGGCUGUGGAUGUUCUACGCGUACCUGCUGGUGCUUCACGCCGUCGCCGCCUCCUACUACGCCCAGGCGGAGUCGGCGGAGUCCAACCCGAUCGUCGACCUGGUGGGCCAGACGCUGGAGCAGGUCAGCGACGUCCGCACCCACGAGUCCGCCACCUUCAACACUCGGGAGGAGGCAAUGGCGUGGCUCAACGAGACG